AUGGACUUGCCUUCGCUUCCAAUUGCCAUCGACCCAGUGGCUUUGGUGACCACAGAAUGCAUAACCGUCACCUCGUCCAUGCGCAAGCAUGCCCGCUGGGCACACUCCUCCGUCUCCGCCAUCUUGGGCGGCAAUGGAGCAUCUCGCGUCUAUGAACGGGACACAUCUGCUCCCCCAAGCCCUAAUCCUCGCAAGACCGGUCCACUGAUACGGAACGAAGAUGAUCACGUCCUGGCUAAUCGUUGGGGUCUGCGAGGGAAGAAGGGGAAGAGUAUGCAGGACAAUCCAUUGAUAUCGGCAUUUACACGACUCAGAAGCGAUCUCAAAGGAUGCAAAGAUAUCAGGACGUUUGAUACCCCGGCUUUACUGCACCCGUUUUUACAGGUCGUCCGUUCCUCCUCAACCUCUGCCACAAUCACCUCAAUCGCCCUGGUCUCGAUUACCAAGUUCUUUUCCUACAAUAUCGUCAACACAAACUCCCCGCGACUCUCUAUGGCGAUGCAGCUACUUUCGGCUGCCAUCACGCACUGCCGGUUCGAAGCGAGUGAUUCUUCGGCGGACGAGAUUGUCUUAUUGAGGAUUCUCAAGUUGAUGGAAGGCAUACUUUCGCGGCCCGAGGGCGAGCUGCUAGGCGAUGAAAGUGUUUGUGAAAUGAUGGAGACCGGUCUGAGCAUGUGCUGCCAAGGCCGUCUGUCAGAGGUACUACGAAGAUCUGCGGAAAUGGCAAUGGUGAAAAUGUGCCAGGUGAUCUUCAUGCGUCUGUCGCAUUUGGAUGAGAACAUGGCCGCAGGACCUGACCCCUUCGCUGGCGAAGAUACAAAAAAUGAUCCAUUGUCGCGUUUGAAGAUGGACCCCUCUGUCAACGGGGACACCGUGACGUCGCAGCACCUAUCAGCUAUUAGUGCAGAUACAGUAGCAGACCGAAACAGCACUAGCCGGGAGGGAACACCCGACCCGGCCGGUAGUUCCAGCGCUCCUGCUGCUGCUGCACCUCCAAGUCCAACCGACGACCCGGAGGCAGAAGUCCAGCCAUAUUCUCUGCCGUCUAUCAGGGAAUUGUUCCGUGUCUUGAUCGACCUCUUGGAUCCCCAUAACCGGCAGCAUACCGAUGCCAUGAGGGUGAUGGCCCUUCGUAUCAUCGAUGUUGCAUUAGAGGUAGCAGGUCCCUCGAUUUCUCGACACCCCAGUUUGGCAGCCUUGGCCAAGGAUGACCUUUGUCGUUACCUCUUCCAGUUGGUCAGGUCGGAGCAUAUUGCAAUCUUGACCGGCUCGCUGAGAGUUGCUGGUACCUUGUUGUCGACUUGCCGACCCGUUCUGAAACUGCAGCAAGAACUUUAUAUCUCUUACCUUGUGGCAUGUCUACAUCCUCGCGUUGAAAUACCGCGAGAGCCAGGAAUCGACCCAUCGCUCUACGAAGGCAUUCCCCAAUCGCCGAAAUUGGUCAAACAGCCCGCUUCACAGACGAAUAGCGGAAGAUCUACACCUGUUCCCGUCAAAGACCGACAAAAGCUAGGACUUGAAGGGGGAGCGAGAAGGCCCGAAGCUCGAGAAGCUAUGGUUGAAAGCAUUGGUGUCUUGUCACGGAUACCUAGCUUUAUGGUUGAACUUUUCGUUAACUACGACUGCGAGGUGGACCGAGCGGACUUAUGCGAAGACAUGAUCGGUCUUCUCUCUCGGAAUGCAUUCCCAGAUUCUGCCACUUGGAGCACUACUAAUGUUCCACCGCUAUGUCUUGAUGCUCUUUUGGGCUAUGUGCAAUUUGUCUACGACAGGUUAGAUGAUGAGCCAGUCCAGGGUGACUAUCCGCCGCAAGAGCGCCUGCGGAAGCAACGCGAGACCAAGAAACUUAUCAUCAAGGGCGCCCAGAUCUUUAAUGAGGAUCCCAAGAAAGGAAUCUCUUUCCUUUCGGGACAUGGUGUGAUUGAGGAUGUGAAAAACCCUGUCCUUGUCGCUCGGUUCUUGAAAGGAACUUCUAGACUGUCGAAGAAAGUUCUCGGAGAGUACAUCUCUAAGCGCGGCAAUGAAGAAUUACUAGGCGCUUUCGUGGAUUUGCUUGACUUUUCGGGCCGCAAUGCGGUCGAAGCACUGCGAGAGCUGCUGAGUUCGUUCCGUUUGCCCGGCGAGUCACCUCUCAUUGAACGAAUUGUUACGAUCUUCUCGGAACAUUACGUCGACAAAGUACAGCCCGAGGGCAUUGCUGACAAGGAUGCACUCUACAUCCUGACGUACGCCAUCAUCAUGCUGAAUACCGAUCAAUAUAACCCCAACGUCAAGCCACAAAAUCGCAUGACAUUUACCGGGUUCGCAAGAAACCUGCGUGGUGUCAAUGGCGGAGGGGACUUUGCAGAGGAAUUCCUCCAAGAGAUCUUUGAUUCCAUUAAGACCAACGAGAUCAUUUUACCCGAUGAACACGAAAACAAGCAUGCCUUUGACUAUGCGUGGAAGGAACUGUUGUUGAAGUCUUCAUCUACCGGCGAAAUGGUUACUGGAGAGACUAACUUGUUUGACGCUGAGAUGUUCGAGGCCACAUGGAAGCCAGUGAUUGCUACCCUUUCAUAUGUUUUCAUGUCCGCAUCAGAUGAUGCUGUGUACUCUCGUGUGGUCAAUGGUUUCGACCAAUGUGCGCAAAUUGCCGCUCGUUAUGGCUUGACUGAGGCGUUUGACCGCAUCGUCUUCUCUCUCGCUUCGAUCAGCACUCUAUCUACCGGCAAGCCCCCCAGCACAGCCCUCAACACGGAAGUUCAAGCGGGUAAGAAGAGCGUGAUGGUCAGCGAGUUGGCGGUCAAGUUUGGCAGAGACUUCAGAGCACAAUUAGCCACCGUGGUACUUUUCCGGGUCCUCGCAUCGAACGAGGCCACUGUCAAACAAGGAUGGGAGCAUAUCGUACGCAUAUUGUCCAAUCUGUUUAUCAAUUCUCUCAUUCCGCCAUUCGACGCUCAGCUUACGUCCGAGCUUGAGAUUUCCCCAAUCCCGCUGCAGCCACCAUCGCAAGUUGUCGAUCGGGAUGGACGAAGCAAUGAUACCGGAAUAUUGUCCGCCUUCACAUCUUAUCUUUCCAGUUAUGCGGCGGAUGAUCCCCCGGAGCCUUCCGACGAGGAACUUGACAAUACACUCUGCACAGUCGAUUGCGUGACAUCGUGCUCGAUACCCGACAUCCUGAAAAAUAUCAAAACUCUUCCCUUGUCUUCCUUGGAGACACUUGUUGAGGCUUUACUGUCUCUGCUCCCCGAAGAAAAUGCGCCAGCAGUCAUUGUUGUGAAAUCCGAACGGCCGACACCCACAUCAAGAAUCGGAAACAAUAGGACUGACCCUAAUCAGCCCAAAUACGACCCAUCAAUGAUAUUUGUCCUCGAGUUAGCCACCGUGCUCACCCUCCGAGACGAUAAGACUUUGGAAGUACUUGGAGAAAACCUCGCAACAACCCUCCAAACACUGGUUCGCGAUGCGAAAAACCUCCAUCCAUUGGCUGUAUCUCGCGUUGUUUCUUACCUACUCAAUUUGUUGCGACUUAGCCAUGUAUGUAUCACCCUCAACGGUGUCUGUCACGAGACCUUCAAACUAAUGAAACCCCAGGAUCAACAAUUUAUGCGGGUCCCAGUUGUGCUCCAUGCUAUCUCCGGAUUUGACCAGGAUAUACUGGAAACCGUGGCUACAGCCACGGUCAAGGGCCUGUCCAGAUGCAUUACUCACACCGGUCGUCUCAGGAAUGAGAUCACCAUAUCUCCAGACUUCUGGUCAAUCUUACAAAGACUUCAUCAAUAUGAGGCAGUCGCGCCCCUUGUCUUCGAUCUCCUGCAAAGUAUUGUGGAUUCAAUGCCAGGUAUCAUCACCGCUGAUAACUACGAGUUUGUGGUCAGUUUGGCCAACGACUUUGUCAGUGCUGGUCGCGUGGGAUCCAUCGAGGAACGACACAGGGAUGCCCAGGCCCGUCGCAAUAAGAGCAUCAAACAAUCCAAAUCAAGUGAAAACCAAGUCGUCACUCGUGGUGUCAAGGCAAUUGGCCUGAUCUACCAUCUGACUGGACGAGUUCCAGCUCUCAUUAAGCAAUCACACCUCGAAGAGCACGAAGCCUGGGCCGCCUACUGGUCACCUAUCUUCCAAUCUCUGACCAGUCAAUGCAUCAACCCAUGUCGCGAUAUAAGACACCACGCCAUCUCCACACUGCAACGCUCUCUUCUAUCCGCCGAGCUAGUCUCCAGCGAUGAUAGUGAGUGGACUAGCAUUUUCGAUGAAGUCUUAUUCCCGCUUGUGUUGCUCCUUCUGAAGCCUGAGGUCUACCAUUCUGAUCCCGUCGGCAUGAGCGAGACUCGAUUCCAAGCUGCAACAUUGGUCUGCAAGAUCUUCCUGCGAUUCCUUGAUCAGCUUCCAAACCGAGCGGGCAUGCUGCCCCUCUGGCUCAGAAUCCUGGAUAUCCUUGAUCGUAUGAUGAACAGCGGCCAGGGUGAUAGUUUGGCAGAGGCAGUUCCCGAAAGCUUAAAGAACAUUCUCCUAGUCAUGGCUGACGGAGGCUAUCUCAUUCCUCCAUCGCAAGACCCAAGCAAGGAGGAAAUCUGGGUCGAAACUCGCAAGCGUCUUGGUCGCUUUUUGCCUGAUCUCUUUGCCGAGGUGUUCCCUGAUCCUCCUAAGGAAUCUGAACAGUCUCACCAGAGUGCUGCUAUUUCAUCUCCAGUUCAGACCAAUGAGACAGAGCAGAGGAGCGAAGACACGGCGACGCCGCAAGAAAAUGGAGAAACGGAGGCUGCUGUCGCCGAGACUGAAAAACCAGCUCCUUCGCAAGAGGUUGAAGAAGGAUCUACUUAA